AUGGCCUCUCCGGCGCUGCCGCCUGCCCAGGCAAAUCCUUAUAGAUCCGGGCUUAUUGGCACGCAUCAGCCCUCGCCCGCGCACUCGGAGUUCACGAUGCAGCAACAGCAGCAGCGGCAGAGGUACCCAUCGGGGCCGGUGCCGGAUCCUCGUAACCCGGGUUCCUACGGCAAUGACCCUUUUGCUCCGGUAGUUGCUUCCGAUCUUGCUCAGCCGUCGAAUCGAUCAUCUCCUCUCGCCAACAAUGAUGAGCAGAAGGCCCGCCGCUUCGCCGAGGAUUACGCCAAGUUCUCCGCCGUCCUGGCGGAAUGCGAUCCAGAAGCUGUCAGGCGCGCCAUCCGGGACAACCACGAGAAGUGUUUAUUAGGAUCCCACUACCACACGGCCUUCCUUAUGAACGUCACCAUGCAUAUCGCAGACCAAGGAAUUCUUCACAGAGCUGUCCGAGACUUCGGCUCACGCAUCGUCCCGGCGGCAAAGCACGACUUGGUUGACUUGAUGAGCCAGUCCGACCUGGACGAGGUCGCCGACGCGAUCAUCUCCAAGGCCAGCAACACCUUUCUCGACAAGGCCUUGGUGGCGCGCCUGCCCACCAUCGAGGCCCGCAGACUUGUCAACGCACUCGCGCGGGCUGAGCGGCUCGGCUACGACGCCAACGACAUUAUCUCGGACGAUCACGUCAUCCCAUUUGUGCCGAGCAACAAAUCCAGCGUCAUUGUCCAGCCCGGUCCACACCAUGACCUGCCAGGGCCUCAUGAGCAGAGUGUCGCGCAAAUUCUGCCCCUAAUGGCCCCUCACCCACUAGAAUCGGUCGAUCCAUCCGUUCCGAAAUGCCAGACCUGUCAGCGCGGCUUCCCGACGCCGAACGCUUACGCCCAUCACGUCAAGCAUCGCAUCUGCACCAGACCCGCGCCACGUCCAGGCCCUAACGGAGAGAGGUACAUCUGCCCUUUUUGCACCCAGACACUUAGUGUUCUUGGUGGUCUAAAGUAUCACCUGAUAAACAAGGUCUGCGGUGAUAACGGCGAGAUCGACAAAGACAGCAUCGUGCCCACUAUGCCUGGUACUAGUCUGAACCCCCCUGCCAAGCCACCAGCAUCGGACACCGCCCCGAUUUACCUCUCCUCAGUCAGUAACAGCCCGGCGGCGCAGCACGCCUCAACUCCUCCCGUUGCCAAGCAGACACCCCGCGCAGCGCCGCCCAGCACCCAGCCCGAUAGCUCGGAAAGCCUGCCACUCGGCACACCUCGAGCCAAGGACAUGGCCCACUUGACGGCGAGCCAGGUCCACGCACUGAAGGAGGAGUUGCGGCUGGCCGAGGAGAGCUUCAGGAUCAAGAUCAACGACACCCAGAGGGCGGGCGGCGACGCGGACGAGAUCCAGAAAAGGAUCACGAGCCUGCGGAACUCGUACGCCUGCAAGCAGAGCACCAUUCGCAAGAAGUACAACAUCAGGCUGCGCCAGCGGCGCGGCCGCGAAGAGAUGGAGCACGAGCGCGCGAGGAUGGGCAUUCCCGAACAACUUGUUCACGCGGUCGAGACGCCGACCAGAGACGUCCAUGCGGACAAGCGGGCCCGCAUCAACGGCAACGGCGACGCGACGAUCACGAUGGCGACGCAGGACUCGCGACAGGGCACGCCCAUCAAGACCGUCGCCGUGGUGGAGAUGGGCAACGGGCUCAACGGGUCGAACGCGACGGUCGCGACGGAGGACCCGACCGCGAGCGCGUCGCAGGGCGAGCGAAGCCGGCCGCCGUCAUCGUCCUAUCAGCAGAACGGCUACCGCGUCGAGGUCCACGUGCCGAGUCCGUCCAAGAAGCCAAACUCGGCGUCGCCAGUCGGCGGCACGCCCCCGCCGGCGACGUCGGAUGGCGCCUUGACGGCCGAGAAACUGCUGCAGCAGAUGAGCGGUGCCUCAGCACACGGCGUCGACGACGAUGAUUCUUCUUCGGACGACUCGAGCGCCGACAGCGAGGACUAG